UGCCAGGGACUAACGGGGGGGACUGACUGACCGACAGACCUACUGACGGACGGAGGGACAGAGGGCGUCUGAUGGCGGCGCCUGGACAGCCCUGCGUGGGACCAGGGGUCUGGAACCAGACGGAGCCUGAGCCUGCUGAUGACCACCUACUGAGCCUAUGCUUCCUGAAAACAGCAGGGGUCUGGGUGCCCGCCAUGUACCUCUGGGUCCUUGGCCCCAUCUACCUUCUCUACAUCCACCGUCAUGGCAAGGGCUACAUCCAGAUGUCCCCUCUCUUCAAGGCCAAAAUGGUGUUUGGGUUAGCCCUCAUAAUCCUGUGCACCUCCAGCGUCUCUGUCACUCUUUGGAGGAUCCAGCAGGGGGCGCCCCAGGCCCCAGAAUUCCUCAUUCACCCCACCGUGUGGCUCACCACAAUGACCUUCGCAGUGUUCCUGAUCCACGCUGAGAGGAAGAAGGGGGUCCAGGCGUCUGGGGUGCUGUUUGGGUACUGGCUGCUCUGCUCUCUCUUACCAGCUACCAGCGCCACCCAGCAGGCCUCACAAGGGGAUUUCCAGAGUGACCCUUUCCGGCACCUGUCAACCUACCUGUGUUUGUCUCUGGUGGUGGCACAGUUUGUGCUGUCCUGCCUGGCUGAUCGAGCCCCCUUAUUCCCUAAAGACCCUCAGCAGUCUAAUCCAUGUCCAGAGGCUGGGGCCUCCUUCCCCUCCAAAGCCAUGUUCUGGUGGGUUUCUGGGCUGGUCUGGAGGGGCUAUCGGAGGCCACUGAGACCCACAGACCUCUGGUCGCUUGGGAGAGAAAACACCUCAGAAGAACUCGUUUCCCAGCUUGAAAGGGAGUGGACAAGAAACCGCAGUGCGGCCCAGCGGCACACCUGCAAGGCAACGGCACUGAAAAGGAAAGGAAGCCGUGGCGGGGCAGCCUCAGAGACCGAGGCCUUCUUACAGCAAGAAGGGAGCAAGAGGGGCCUACUGCUGAAAGCCAUCUGGCAAGUGUUCCACUCCACCUUCCUCCUGGGGACACUGAGCCUUGUUAUCAGCGACGCUUUCAGGUUCACGGUCCCCAAGCUUCUCAGCCUUUUUCUGGAGUUUAUCGGCGACCCCAAGACCCCCGCCUGGAAGGGCUAUCUCCUCGCGGUACUGAUGUUUCUCGCCGCCUGCCUGCAAACGCUGUUCGAGCAACAGCACAUGUACAGACUCAAAGUGCUGCAGAUGAGGCUGCGAACAGCCAUCACUGGCCUGGUGUACAGAAAGGUCCUGGCUCUGUCCAGCGGCUCCAGAAAGACCAGCGCAGUUGGGGACGUAGUCAAUCUGGUGUCUGUGGAUGUGCAGAGGGUAACCGAGAGCGUCGUCUUCCUCAAUGGGCUGUGGCUGCCGCUCGUCUGGAUCAUCGUCUGCUUUAUUUACCUGUGGCAGCUUCUAGGACCUUCUGCCCUCACCGCCAUUGCUGUCUUCGUGAGCCUCCUUCCUCUGAAUUUCUUCAUCACCAAGAAGAGGAACCACCAUCAGGAAGAGCAGAUGAGACACAAGGAUUCCCGGGCACGGCUCACCAGCUGCACCCUGAGGAACAUGAGGACAGUCAAGUGCCACGGCUGGGAGAGAGCCUUUCUAGAGAGAGUCCUGCGCGUCCGGGGCCAGGAGCUAGGCGCCUUGAGGACCUCCGGCCUCCUUUUCUCUGUGUCCCUGGUGUCCUUUCAAGUGUCCACGUUUCUGGUGGCACUGGUGGUGUUUGCUGUGCAUACUCUGGUGGCCGAGGAGAAUGCCAUGGACGCCGAGAAAGCCUUCGUGACGCUCACGGUUCUCAACAUCCUCAACAAGGCCCAGGCUUUCCUGCCUUUUUCCAUCCACUCCGUGGUCCAGGCCCGGGUGUCCUUUGGCCGUCUGACUGACUUCCUCUGCCUGGAAGAAGUUGACCCUGGGGCUGUUCUGGACGUCCGUUCUUCCAGAUGCGCUGCCAGGGGGGCUUGCAUCCGUGUACAAGAUGGCACCUUCGCGUGGUCCCGGGAGAGCCCACCCUGCCUGCACAGGAUAAACCUCACCGUGCCACAGGGCUGUCUGCUGGCUGUCGUUGGUCCAGUGGGGGCAGGGAAGUCCUCCUUGCUCUCCGCUCUCCUUGGGGAGCUGUCAAAGGUGGAGGGGUCUGUGAGCGUCAAGGGUCCCGUGGCUUAUGUGCCCCAGGAGGCCUGGGUCCAGAACACGUCUGUGGUGGAGAAUGUGUGCUUCAGGCAGGAGCUGGACUCACCAUGGCUGGACCGAGUUCUGGAGGCCUGCGCCUUGUGGCCAGAUGUGGGCAGCUUUCCUGCAGGAAUCCGCACCCAAAUUGGAGAGCAGGGCAUGAAUCUCUCUGGCGGCCAGAAGCAGCGGCUGAGCCUGGCCCGGGCCGUGUACAGGAAGGCUGCCGUGUACCUGCUGGAUGACCCCCUGGCAGCCCUGGAUGCCCAUGUUGGCCAGCACGUCUUCAACCACGUCAUUGGGCCCGGGGGGCUGCUGCAGGGAACGACACGGAUUCUUGUGACUCACGCGCUCCACGUCCUGCCCCAGGCUGAUUGGAUUGUGGUGCUGGAAGAUGGCGCCAUUGCCGAGAUGGGUUCCUACCAGGAGCUUCUGCAUAGGAAGGGGGCAUUGGCAGGCCUUCUGGAUCGAGCCAGACAGCCAGGAGACAGAGGAGAAGGAGAAACAGAACCUGCGACCGGCUCUGAGGAUGCCAGAGGUGCCUCUGGAGGAGGGAGGCCCGUGGGUGGACCACACAGGUCUGUGAAGUUAGUCCCCGAGAAGGACAGCACCACUUCAGAGGCCCGGACAGGGGUUCCCCUAGAUGACCCUGAGGGGACAGGAUGGCCAGCUGGAGAGGACAGCGUGCGGUAUGGCAGGGUGAAGGCCAGCAUGUACCUGACCUACAUACGGGCUGUAGGCACCCCACUCUGCCUCUACGCACUCUUCCUCUUCUUCUGCCAGCAAGUGGCCUCCUUCUGCCGUGGCUACUGGCUGAGCCUGUGGGCGGACGACCCCACCAUGGACGGGCGGCAGACACAGGCGGCCCUGCGAGGCUGGGUCUUCGGGCUCCUGGGGUGCCUGCAAGCCAUUGGGCUGCUUGCCUCCAUGGCCACCGUGCUGCUAGGGGGGACCCGGGCAUCCAGCCUGCUCUUCCAGAGGCUCCUGUGGGACGUGGUGCGGUCUCCCAUCGGCUUCUUCGAGCGGACGCCCAUGGGGAACCUGCUGAACCGCUUCUCCAAGGAGACAGACACGAUGGAUGUGGACAUCCCAGACAGACUCCGGUCCUUGCUCAUUUACGCCUUUGGCCUCCUGGAGGUCAGCCUGGUGGUCGCCGUGGCCACCCCGCUGGCCGUCAUGGCUAUCCUGCCCAUGCUGAUUCUCUACGCUGGGUUUCAGAGCCUGUACGUGGCCACCUCGUGCCAGCUCAGACGCCUGGAGUCAACCAGGCACGCCGUCGUGUGUUCCCACAUGGCGGAGACGUUCCAAGGCGGCGCAGUGGUCAGGGCCUUCCGGGUCCAAGGCCCCUUUGUGACUCAGAAUGACACCCACGUGGAUGAAAGCCAGAGAGUCAGUUUCCCAAGGCUGGUGGCUGACAGGUGGCUCGCUGCCAACCUGGAGCUCCUGGGGAACGGGCUGGUGUUCUCAGCUGCCAUGUGCGCUGUGCUGAGCAAGGCCCAUCUCAGUGCCGGCCUCGUGGGCUUCUCUGUGUCCGCCGCCCUUCAGGUGACCCAGACGCUGCAGUGGGCUGUCCGCAGCUGGACCGACCUGGAGAGCAGCAUUGUGUCCGUGGAGCGGAUGAAGGACUACGCCGGGACGCCCAAGGAGGCGCCCUGGAUACUGCCCACCUGUGCAGCCCGGUUCCCCUGGCCUCAGAGGGGGCAGAUCGAGUUCCGGGACUUCGGGCUGAGACACCGACCUGAGCUCCCGAUGGUCGUGCGGGGUGUGUCCUUUGAGAUCCGUGCGGGAGAGAAGGUGGGCAUUGUUGGCAGGACGGGGGCCGGGAAGUCCUCCCUGGCCGGGGGCCUGCUGCGGCUCCUGGAGGCAGCUGAGGGCGGGGUGUGGAUCGACGAGGUCCCCAUCGCCCACGUGGGGCUGCACACGCUUCGCUCCAGGAUCACCAUCAUCCCCCAGGACCCCAUCCUGUUCCCCGGCUCUCUGAGGAUGAACUUGGACAUGCUGCAUGAGCACACGGACGAAGCCAUCUGGGCCGCCUUGGAGACGGUGCAGCUCCGCGCCCUGGUGGCCAGCCUGCCCGGCCAGCUGCAGUACGAGUGCACAGACCAAGGCGAUGACCUGAGCCUGGGCCAGAAGCAGCUCCUGUGUCUGGCACGCGCCCUCCUCCGGGACACCCAGAUCCUCAUCCUGGACGAGGCCAUGGCGGCCGUGGACCCGGGGACGGAGGUCCAGAUGCAGGCCGCCCUCCGGAGCUGGUUUGCCAGGUGCACAGUGCUGCUCAUUGCUCACCGCCUGCGCUCCGUGAUGGACUGUGCCCGGGUGCUGGUCAUGGAGAAGGGGCAAGUGGCAGAGAGCGGCAGCCCGGCCCAGUUGCUGGCCCAGAAGGGGCUGUUUUACAGGCUGGCACAGGAGUCAGGCCUGGUCUGAGCCUCCCUGCUGUGCCACCCUGAUGAGAUGUGCCGUGCCCUGGAGAUACGAGUGCCCUGGGGUCACCGGUAGCCCCACAGUGUUGAGUCUAGACCACUCUCUGCUCUCGGGCAGAGAAAGUGACCGAUCGUCACGGACGCAGCAGCGCCCAGGUUGGCCUGACCAGAGCCUGUCCACCCAGGAGCCAAAGUGGACAGCGGCUCCCAGCCCUGGCUGCCCAUUGGACCCCCCUGGGGACCUCAACACCUGCCCACGUCCAGGCUCCACCGCAGACCAAUGAAAUCAGAGUCCCUGGGGCUGGGGCAACGGUGUGUGUGCUUUUUACAAAUUGACCGUUUAUUUUGAGAUGAUUAUAGAUUGACAGGCAGUUGUAGGAAAUAAUCCAAAGUUCCCGUGUCCCCUUUCCCCCAAUAGUAACACCUUGAAAAACGACAGUAUGGAAUCACAACAAGGACUAACAUGGCUCCAAUGCACCAAUCUUGCUCAGAUU